AUGGUGGAAACUGGAAAAACAAAAGGGAUAACAAUUGUAAUUUCACCAUUGCUUUCACUAAUUAUAGAUCAAGUUUAUAAUCUGAACAGGCGUGGUAUAUCAACCUUAUGUUUGUAUGGUGAACAAGAAGCUAAUCAAAGACAAAAUGUAUUUACUGAACUUGAAAAAUAUAUACCAAGUUGUAAAAUUUUUUAUUUAACUCCUGAGAUGUUAAAUAGAAGUACUGCAGUUGCAUCAGCAAUAAAAAGGUUGUACGAUAGAAAACAAUUGGCAAGAUUCGUUAUUGAUGAGGCUCAUUGUGUUAGCCAAUGGGGUCAUGAUUUUAGACCAGAUUAUAAAGAUCAAACUUGA